UUGGAGGAAUCAGGAAGUAGUUGUCAACACUGGUAGUCUCGCUCAGGGUUUUAUAGGACAGAAUUGACUUUUUUUUUACGGUAGUUUACGUAUAAACCACCACAUAUUAAACCCCUUCAAUGAGUCUGUUUCACUGACAAACGGGCAGCAGCAGCGCUACUUUUAUUUAGAAUCGGAGCCGUCCAACAUGGCGGCGGUAGACGUGGAGGAUGAGAGUAUUUUGGCGUCGAUCUUUAAGGACAGCUUUCCAGACAGCUGGAGGGACAACCCGGACUUCGCCGCCUACCUGUCCGAGCUAAGCUCCUUCGGGGUGGAGAAGCUGAGUCGGGAGCCGGAGCGGCUGGCAGAGGAGCGUGCUCAGAUCCUGCAGCAGACCCGGGAACUGGCCUUCUCCAACUACCAGACCUUCAUCCGCACCGCCGACUGCACCGAGCACAUCUACCGGGACUUCGGCCGGGUGGAGAGCAGCGUGUCCCGGCUGCUGGACAAGCUGCCCAGCUUCGGGGAAAGAUGCAGGGGCUUCAUGAAGGAGGCGGAGGAGAUCGGAGCGAGUCGCCGGAUGAACAGCCUCACGCUGAACCGUCACACCGAGAUCCUGGAGAUCCUGGAGAUCCCUCAGCUCAUGGACACCUGCGUCCGCAACGGCUACUACGAGGAGGCUCUGGAGCUGGCAGCAUACGUCAAGAGGCUGGAGAAGAAGCACUCCUCACUCCCCGUCAUCCAGGGUAUUGUGCGUGAAGUGCGGCAGUCGACUCAGCUGAUGCUCAACCAGCUGCUGCAACAGCUGCGCAGCAACUCGCAGCUUCCCGUCUGCCUGCGUGUGAUUGGCUACCUGCGGAGGAUGGACGUGUUCACGGAGGCGGAGCUACGGGUGAAGUUCCUGCAGGCGCGAGGCACCUGGCUGAACUCCAUCCUCGCAGCCAUCUCUGAAGACGACCCCUACUUCCACAUCACCAAAACCAUCGAGGCCUGCAGAGUCCACCUGUUCGACAUCAUCACUCAGUACAGAGCCAUCUUCUCUGACGAGGACCCGCUGGUGCCCCCCGCCGGUGGGCAGGUGGUGGUGAACGAGGCCGCCAUCUUCCACGGCUGGGUGGUGCAGAAGGUCGCUGAGUUCCUGGGGACUUUAGAGAGGGACCUGCAGCGAGGCGUGGGGGGCCGCCUGGACUCCCUGCUGGGUCAGUGCAUGUACUUCGGCCUGUCCUUUAGCAGGGUGGGGGCGGACUUCCGCGGACAACUUGCACCGAUGUUCCAGCAGGUGGCGGCGGAGACCUUCGUCAGGGCCGUGCAGGAGGCUGUGGACAAGUUCCAGGAGGACAUGAACUUGUACACGCUCAUCGCCCUGCCCUCAGUGUUGGGAGGGACCAUCCCUCCUGUGGCCCCCAGCAUCCAGCCUGGCACCCUGCAGCCCCCCAUGUCACUGCUGGACUUCCAGCCGCUGGCCUGCUUCCUCAACAACAUCCUGACCGCCUUUAACGACCUCCGGCUCUGCUGCCCCCUCGGCCUGGCUCAGGACGUCACCAGAUGUCUCGAAGACGCCCUCAAGAAGGUGACCCGUCAGAUUUUGGUGUUUCACCGGGCGGAGGAGUCGGCCUUCAGCGGCAGAGAGAAGGAGCUGUUUGUUCAGUUCUGCUGUUCGUACGCUGAUGAUCUGCUGCCGUUCCUCAACCGCUGCCUGCAGGUUCUGUUUCCUCCGGCUCAGCUCGCCGUCAUUCUGGGUGUUCCUGCGACGCAGCUGCACAGGUACGGCAGUUUGGGCUGCAUCGACCUCCCCGCGGUCCUCGAGCCGCUGGACUUCCUGCUGCCAGAGCGAGAGACGUUAGCGCCGCAGACAGCGCCGGAGCUCGACGUCACCGCCGAACUCGACAGCCUGACGUUUGAGACGCAGCUCAAAGACCCGCUGACAGAGCCUGACCUCACAGUGGAGGCAGGACGUCCAGAUCCAGCACCGACCCCGUCAGGCCUCAGAGAAUCUGAGUCUGAACCGACGGAGUCCAGGUCUGAAGAACAGGAUGAAGAGACGCUUCAGGAUGAAGAGUUUUCUUUGGAGUAGUGGACACUAAACGAUGAUGAUCGAGGGGCUUUUAUUUCUGAGGUUUGUGGGUAGUUUCUGGAUAAAAAUUAAAAACUUGUUAACUUCC